AUGACGAUGGAUGAACGUUAUGUGGAAAAUAUCUGGCAGCUGCUAAAGAGUGCCAUCCAAGAGAUACAGAAAAAGAACAACAGUGGUCUCAGUUUUGAGGAACUCUACCGCAAUGCCUACACUAUGGUCCUACACAAGCAUGGGGAGAGACUAUAUACAGGCCUCAGGGAUGUCGUGACACAGCACUUGGAGAAUAAGGUCCGGGCAGAUGUGUUGGCAUCGUUACAAAACAACUUUUUACAAACGUUAAAUCAUGCCUGGAAUGACCACCAGACCUCCAUGGUGAUGAUUCGGGAUAUCCUCAUGUAUAUGGACCGUGUCUACGUGCAGCAGAACAAUGUUGACAAUGUCUACAACUUAGGAUUAAUUAUUUUCAGAGAUCAGGUUGUACGGCAUGGCUGCAUACGGGACCACCUACGAGAAACAUUACUAGACAUGGUGAUGAGGGAACGUAGAGGUGAAGUAGUUGACAGGCUAGCAAUCAAGAAUGCUGCACAGAUGUUAAUAGUCUUGGGAAUAGAAUCCAGAGCUGUAUAUGAAGAGGAUUUUGAAAGACCGUUCCUUGCUCAGUCUGCAGAGUUUUAUCGGAUGGAGAGCCAGAAAUUUUUAGCAGAGAAUAGUGCAUCAGUUUAUAUUAAGAGAGUAGAAGCAAGGAUUAUGGAAGAGGCUGAACGGGCCAAGCAUUAUCUAGAUGAAUCCACAGAACGGCGUAUAGUAGAAGUUGUAGAAGAAGAACUCAUUAAGAAGCAUAUGAAGACCAUUGUUGAGAUGGAAAACUCUGGUGUUGUACACAUGCUCAAGAAUAAUAAAACAGAAGAUCUAGCUUGCAUGUACAAGCUUAUGUCUAGGGUGUCCGAUGGAUUACGUGCAGUAGCUGAGUGCGUAUCGCAACACUUAAGAGAACAGGGUAAAGCUUUAGUUGCUGAAGAAGAGGGAGGAAAGAAUGCUAUAACAUUUGUACAGAAUUUGCUGGACUUGAAGGACCGAUUCGACCACUUCCUCCAUAAUUCCUUCAACAAUGAUAAGAUCUUCAAGCAAAUGAUUGCAGCAGAUUUUGAAUAUUUCCUGAAUGCAUAAAGUCACCUAAACAGUAAAUCACCGGAGUAUCUGUCAUUAUUUAUCGAUGACAAACUCAAGAAGGGUGUUAAAGGAAUGACUGAGGCAGAGAUUGAAGCGGUUUUGGAUAAAACUAUGGUGCUGUUCCGUUUUCUGCAAGAGAAGGAUGUAUUCGAGCGGUACUAUAAGCAACACUUGGCAAAGCGUCUCCUCUUACAAAAGUCGGUGUCGGAGGACUCAGAGAAGACCAUGAUCUCCAAGUUGAAGACGGAGUGCGGGUGCCAGUUCACGUCCAAGCUUGAGGGCAUGUUCAAAGACGUCACUAUCUCCAACACCAUAAAUGAGGAGUUCAAGCAGAGAGUAAAUAGUGCCGGGACAAAUUUGUGCGGAGUUGACAUAUAUGUGCGAGUGUUGACAACUGGUUAUUGGCCAACGCAGUCGGCAAAUUUGAAAGCCAACGUACCUAUGGCCCCCAGAAGUGCCUUUGAGGCCUUCAGAAGAUUCUACCUCAACAAGCACAGUGGCAGACAACUCACUCUACAGCCACAACUAGGGUCUGCAGAUCUCAAUGCAGUAUUUUAUGGCUCAAGAAAGGAAGAUAGCUGUUCAGCAGCCAGCAGUGUGGCCUCAGUAGCAGCUUCAGCCUCAGUGGCUCCUGCGACAUCAGGUGAGGCGACUGUGAGCAGUGUGGCGGGUAUCUCGUCAUCGUCAUCGGCUGUGGCAGCUGCAGCAGCGGGUCUCAGCAGCAACAACAAUGGCCUAGCCCCCUCCCCUAGUGUGCCAGGGACACCCACUUCGGCUUCGGCUGUGGGGCCCUCCCCCUCCUCUGCCCCUUCUGUCAUGGGCGCAGGAAAGCCCUCGGGGCCUAGGAAACACAUCAUCCAGGUGUCCACAUACCAGAUGGUCAUACUGAUGCUGUUCAACACCAGGGACAAGCUCACUUAUGAGGAGAUUCAGAAUGAAACGGAUAUCCCUGACCGUGACCUUGUUCGAGCUCUGCAGUCGCUGGCACUUGGAAAGCCAGCUCAACGUGUGCUUGUCAAAAGCCCUAAGACGAAGGAGAUGGAGUCAUCACAUGAGUUCACAGUUAAUGACUCGUUUACAUCAAAGUUGUACAGAGUGAAGAUCCAGGCAGUAGCAGCCAAGGGAGAGAGUGAGCCAGAGAGAAAGGAGACGAGGAGCAAGGUGGAUGAGGAUCGUAAGCACGAGAUUGAGGCGGCCAUUGUGAGGAUUAUGAAGGCCAGGCGGAGGAUGACGCAUAACAACUUGGUGGCAGAGGUAACAGAUCAACUCAAGUCCCGCUUCUUACCGUCCCCAAUACUUAUCAAGAAGAGAAUUGAGAGCCUCAUCGAGCGAGAAUAUUUGGCCCGCACUCCAGAAGAUAGGAAAAUCUACUCUUACGUGGCAUGAGGAGUAGGCUGUUUAUACUGGAGCAUAGCCAAGGCUGUGAAACCUUCCCUUGCGAGAGGCACGGCCAUCAGUCAAGGAGGUUGGGGGGAAAGCAAGACUCUGGAGAGUGUCGGGAAUAGGCAGCCAGGCCACCUCCUCUCUCCUCUGCUUUGCUCUGUCUGUCUUUCGGUUUCUUUUGUCUUCUCUGCCUUUUGGUUUCUGUAUGUGUUUGUGUGGCUGUCUCUCUAUCUAUGUGUCUCUGUCUCUUCUGUUUCUUUCUGUUUAUCUGCCUGUCUCACUGUCAGUCUCUUUUUCUCUUUCUCACACCUGUUUCAUACAAAUUUUCACUCCCCAUCCCCCCACCCCCCCGUACAUGUGCUCUCCUCUGCAGGUGUUCACUUCACUCCAUCCCGGGAAUCUGCGGGACUCACACACACACGCUCAUGGACCUAGCAAGUUUCUGUGAGUGUCUUCGAUAGCACCAGCCGGACCCAUGUGUCUUUGUGAGCACCGGUUGGAUGUGUGAUAGAAUUGAAGAAAUAGAUAAGAAUGCUUUGAAAGAAAACAGAAAAAAGGCAAAACAAGAUCAUUUUGAAUGAAUAGAUGAAUGAAUGAAUAUAUCAACAAAGGAAAGGAAACCGGAAAAGAGGACCCCUUGAUUGCCUGGUUGAUCGUUUGGAGAGUCACUGUCGACUGUUUCCUGGAGAUGCUGUUGGAGAAAGAAAGAAAUGUAAAAGGAGGGAAGAAAGGCAGUGUGUAGAUAGCUUGAAAAAGUGUUUAGGACAGUUGAUAGUGAUCGCAACCAAAAGACAGUGAUAAUCCGUGGCGAACAAGAGUGUCCAAUGAACUAUUUUUCCCCCAACCCUCCUUCCUCCUUUCCUCUCCCUCACUCACUUCCCACUUCCCUACCUGCCCAUUUUUGCCCUUUCCCCCAUCCCCUGUCCCCUCCCUGCUUUUCCCCCGGCCCCUUCCCCUGCCCCAUUUUGUAAGAUUGUUUUUUUUGCUCAUGAUAACAUAUGUGUCAUUUUCUAAGAAUGGCCCUUAUAUAGUGUCAGAGGUGCAGACAUGCGCCUUCAGAAAUUUAUACUACGUUAAUGGAAUUGACGAUAACAAUAAGAGGAAAGAAAAGAAAAUAGAAAAAACACUGAAGAAGAAGAAGACUAAGAGGAAAAAUAACAACCAAAUGCACACAUGACAUGAUUUAAAAAAUUAUGAAUAAAAAGUAAAUAAAUAUGUAGAGUGAUGAACCCGCUUACUUGCUUGGUCCCAGCGCAUCCAAACUUGCGUGUGCGGUCAAUGCUGAGCUAAUACCAGUUGGUAGACUUUUUGCCGCAAACUUUUUUUCAUUGGGAUUUUUUUUUUUUUUUUUUUUUUUGUGUUAAAUCUCCUUCCUAACCCACUCUUUUUCUCUCUCUCUCUCUUUCUCUUUAUUUUCCUUUUGAUCAAAUUUUUUUUGUGUAUAUAUAUAUAUUUUUCAUUUUAUAUUGGUUAUGGACAUGUACAUCUGUUGCUCAUGUCUUAUUUUUUUUU